AUGGACAGCCUCGACGAAUUCGAAAAGUCGCUCGCGGCUGACAAGGCCCAGCGCGAAAAGGAAGAGCGUCGUGAACGCAAGCACAAACACCACCACCGCCAUCACAGAGACGACGAACGCGACGGUCACUCUUCCAGGCACCGCUCCCACCACGACCGCGACGAUCGUCACAGACACCGAGAUCGAGACGAACGGGGCCACCGGCGGCAUCGCGAUGAUAGGGAUGGCGAUGGUGAUGGUCAUCGCCACAAGCGCUCGAGAAGAAGCAGAAGCCCGCGACGGAAUGAGGCGCUCGACGUGAACGAUCCCAAGGAAGACCUCCCCCUCCCCGACGAGGAGCGUCCCGCCGCCGAGAAUGCGCUUGACCCUGCCCAGCCCAAACUGGAACGGGACUCAUGGAUGGCGGCGCCAGGAUCUCUGGACGUCGAUUACAUUCACCGUCCCAAGGACAGGUCCCUACCCCGAAAGGAAGCUGAGCCGAAGCGCGAGCUACACCAUCGAGAACUAAACCGAGGCAUUGACGACGCGAAAAGCUCUUCCACCCCUGCGCCGUCCAAAGAAAGGAUCAUUGAUUACGCAUUUGGCGAUCGCGGUUCGUCGUGGCGCAUGACCAAGCUCCGGACCGUGAUGGCAGCGGCAGAGGAGAGUGGCCAACCAGUGGAGCAGGUGGCUCUGGAACGCUACGGUAGUCUCGAGGACUUUGACGACGCGCGCGAGGAGAAGGAGGAGCUCGAGCGGAGAAGGGUCUACGGCACAGGCUACGAGGCGAAGGAGAAGCCGUCCGGGGAGCUGUACCAGGAAAGACUGCGCACCAUCAGACAUACCCAACCCCCGCUCGAUAAAGCAGAGGAAGCACCACAGGGCACUGUCAUCCCUGACGAGGUACCCGCUGCUGCGCAGGCCAUGGACCAGACGGCCCUGAACCGACUGCGUGCCCAGAUGAUGAAGGCCAAGAUGCGCAAAGCGCCGAAUGCAGAGCAGCUAGAAGAAGAAUACAACCGUGCGGCUGCCUCAUUCCAAGCAAACAGACCGCCCGACUCCGUCGUCAUUGGAGGCAUGGAGAACCGCCAUCUGGCCGGGACGCGCGGGGAGGUCAAGGCCGUCACGACGAGACGCGGUCGGGAGCGCGGCAACGUCGAGGAGAAUGACGAGAUGACGAUUGAGGACAUGGUGCGUGAGGAGCGACGCACCAAGAAUAUGGCCGGCGGCGAAGCAAUGCGACAGGCAGAGCGGAUCGCCAAGGACGGCAAGUUUGCGACGGACCUGGACUACAUGGACGACAACGCGGCGAAGCUGGCCAAGAGGGUGCACAAGAGCGAGGCGAACCUCAAGAAUGUCGCCGUGCACGAGUUCCAGAAGCUCAACAGGGUGCUGGACAAUUGUCCGCUGUGCCACCAUGACGAGAGUGGGAGGCCACCCGUGGCGCCGGUCAUCUCCCUGGGCACGAGGACGUUCCUGACGCUGCCCACUGAGCCGGAGGUGAGUCCCGGCGGCGCGGUAAUUGUGCCCACGACGCACCGCAAGAACCUGCUCGAGUGCGACGACGACGAGUGGGAGGAGGUUCGCAACUUUAUGAAGAGCCUGACGCGCAAGUACCACGCCGCGGGCCAGGAUGUUGUCUUUUACGAGAAUGCCGCGGCGCCGCAGCAGCAUCGACAUGCCGCCAUGGUGGCUGUCCCCAUCCCUUACGAGGAGGGUGCCAUGGUGCCCGCGCACUUUAAGGAGGCGUUCCUUUCGUCGGACGCGGACUGGUCGCAGCACCGGCCUGUCAUUGACACGCUCAAGGCGGCAGAGGGGGGGCUGGGCCGGGCGGCGUUCAGGAAGAGCAUCGCGAAGGAGGCGCCCUACUUUCACGCCUGGUUCACGCUGGACGGGGGCAUGGGCCACGUCGUGGAGGACGGGGGUGGUCGGUGGCCCAAAGGGGAUCUGUUUGCGCGCGAGGUCAUUGGGGGCAUUGUCAGUGCUGAGCCGCACAUUGUCAAGAAGCAGGGUCGCUGGGAGAGGGGGCGGGACACUGCGAGGGCGGAGAGGUGGAAGAAGGACUGGAGGAAGUACGACUGGACGAGGGUUCUGGAGGAGUAG